GUUUAAACCUCCCGGCGAUACCAACACGUUAACAGAUUUCCGAGAAAAUUGCUUAGGAAAGCGGCAAUCAAUAUGCGUGGAUUUACUAUUUUGGCUGUCUUGGCAGUGGCCCAUGCCGAUGUGGGUGGCUACAAUUAUGGAACAGGAAUUGGUGGCUCCAUCUCUGGAGGUUCUAUCUCUGGAGGAUCAAUUUCUGGAGGUUCGCUUUCUGGAGGAUCCCUUUCUGGGGGAUCCCUUACCGGAGGUUCUUUAUCUGGAGAAUCCUACUCCAACAACUAUGCUCCCGUAAACACCGAAUUCAACAAGGAGUUCUUCACCUACUCCGCACCCGAGGCUGAUUUCGAGGAUAACAAGAGUGUCAGUGAUCUGGCUGCCUCUCUGAAAAAGAACCUUCGAGUGGUCUUCAUCAGGGCACCCGAAAACAAGGGCCUGGAGAACGCCGCUCUGGCUCUGGCCAAGCAGGCUGCCGAGCAGCAGACCGCCAUUUACGUGCUGACCAAGCAGGGCGACCUCUCCAGCCUGGCCAACCAGCUGCAGAACCUUAACCACGUCAGUGCCAGCAAGCCGGAGGUGCACUUCGUCAAGUAUCGCACGCAGGAGGAUGCCCUCAAUGCUCAGAGGACCAUUCAGCAGGAAUACGAACGCCUGGGCGGCUCCUCCAUCUCCCACAAUGGAGGCGUGGCACCUGUUCUGGACUUUGCCACUAAACAGCAACAGCAAGUGCAGCAACAGCAGCAAGUGCAGCAGCUGAUUGAUGAGCGACGUGCCUCCACGGGAAGUGUGUCGGCCGAGUUGGAGGCUCCUUCCACUGGAUAUAUUCCCCCAGCAGCCGCCGCUCCCAGCUCCACCUACCUGCCAGUGAACAAGGUCAAGUAGAAAGCCUGGAAGCCACAUCCUAACCUACAAAUUAGCCAAAUUGUGUUGCGCACAUUGCCAUCUUAACUGCUACGCUAUAAAAUAAACUUAAGUUAAUGUAUA